AUGGACACCGAUAAGAAUGCGAAAUUCGCGAUACACGAGGCUUCUCGUGAGGGAAGAACUCCAAUGGUGGAAUCACUGCUGAACGCGAAUCCAAAACUUGCCUCUCUGAAGGACGAAGAUGAACGUUUACCGAUACACUGGGCCGCAGCAUAUAACCGACUACCGAUUGUUGAACUAUUGGUCACAAACAAAUAUUUCGAUCCAGAUGUCACGGAUGGAUCAGGAUGGACUCCGCUCAUGAUCGCUGCCAGCUUGAAAAAUGCAGAAGGCGACCCGAUCGUUGAUUUGUUGUUGCGAAAGGAGGCCGAUGUCAAUAUAAAGAGUAUCUCUGGACAGAAUGCUCUGCACUUCGCCGCUUCUAAAGCCAAUCUUUCCACCGUCAAAACCCUCAUCACCCAUAAAUGUAGCGCGCGAGUCAAGGACAAACGGGGGCAAUUAGCGCUUCACCGUGCUGCAGCUGUUGGCUCUAUUCCUAUAUUGAAGCUUCUACUUGACCAGGGGAAAAGUCCUAUCAAUGCAACUGAUGUGGACAGCUUGACAGCAUUACAUCACGCCAUCUCCGAAGGCCAUGGGGAUGCCGCAAUACUGUUGAUGAAAUCGGGAGCAGAUCUUGAGAAAACGGAUUCUGACGGACAUCUAGCCAUAGAUUUGGCACCAGAUACGAAGGUCCGAAAAUAUAUCCUUCAGACUGCAGAGCGCGAGGGCAUAGAAUUGCCAUAA